AAUCAAAACAGCCGGUGACGACAUCGUCCAUCUCAGCGCUACAAUGAAUUUCUAGAUCUUUGAAUAAUUCAUAACAUUUAAUUUUUAUUAAAUGAUUGUGUUUUUUUUUCUCUUUCUUUCCUUUCGGAUAUAAAAUUGGUGGACAAACGUAUAAACAUCAUGUCUAUAUGACGGUGGAAAGAUUAAGCGAAAUGGAAACGACAAAAAAUGAAAACAACAAUGCCAAAACAAUAAAAAACGACAAGCCCACUAAACCGAUCACGAAAACACAAGUGAUGGGACGAAAUCGCGGUGCUGUAUUACGUUUGCAACAGGAUUACAUAAAUUUAAACAAAGAUCCAGUGCCGUACAUACGUGCCGAACCAUUACCAUGGAACAUUCUUGAAUGGCAUUAUGUGAUAAAUGGCCCCGAAAAUAGCCCAUACUACGGCGGCAUGUUUCAUGGAAGCUUAGUAUUUACACAGCAAUAUCCAUUUAAGCCGCCAUCGAUUUAUAUGCGAACGCCAAACGGACGAUUUCAAACGAAUCGACGACUUUGUCUCAGCAUAUCGGAUUAUCAUCCGGAUGAAUGGAAUCCAGCCUGGAGUGUAUCGAGCAUUUUAACCGGUUUGCUUAGCUUUAUGUUGGAGGAGAGUUCGGCAUUGGGAACAAUGGUUACAUCGCGUAGAGAAAAACUUCAAUUUGCAUACGAUUCAUUGCAAUACAAUCUCAAGGAUCAUAAUUUUACGACAUUAUUUCCCGAUUUGUGCAAAGAAAUCAAACAACGACUUGCGGAACGCGAAUCAAACGAAGCCAAAUUGAAAGCAGUCGCCGCAUCAAAUACAACGAAUACCGAUGAAACGACGGAAGAUGUUGUAAAUGGCAUACGAAACCGAAGUUCAGCUGGAAACAUUGAUGAUAAUGGCGGUUUCCCACAUAUUAUACUUAUUAUUUGCUUUUGCCUUGGCGCCCUCAUCUUUCAUCAUGCUUACAAUUUGGAGCAAUUGAAUUAGCCACAUUUAGUAUAAAAAUUAUAAAAAAGCAAUUGAGUCGGGUUUUUUUGUUCGUUCGUUCGUUCAUUCGUUUCAGUUCUCUUGAAUUUAAAAGGAAUUCGAUAGUUUUUUUUUUUUUGCUUUCAAUUGCUUUCUCAAACGAAUGGAUGGCAUUGCAAUUGGUCAAUAAGCUUUAGCUAUUCAAUUAAAUAGAAAAAUGUGGAAAUGGAUUUUGAAACAAAUGAAAAAAAGAGACUCGAUAGGGAUAUAAACAAAGUAUUCUUCAGAACAUUUUGUCUGGAGGAAAAAUCAAAGAUAUUUGUGCAUUUUAUGUUAAGAAAUAAUUUUGCAUGGCUUAAUUACCUUGAAUCAUUCUACUGUCAAAUGGCAAAAAAAAUCAUAUUUUUAAAUGUAUAAGAGAAAUACAAAAAAAAAAAAACAGAGGAACAAAUAAAGGAAAAAUACAAGCACCUAUUUACAUA